UUCAUUUUGACUUUCUGUUAUCCACGUGGUGAUAUUUAAAAGCGUAAACGAUAUUUAAAUAAUUGAUGACAUCUAAUCUUCGUGUUUCAGUGAAGCUCAAAUAGAGAUUUAGUUGGCGAUGGCGGAAAUAUCGUCCGAACGAGACCUUAAUUCUAAGAGAUCGUCGUACAUUGAUUGGGAUGAAUAUUUCAUGGCUAUAGCGUUCCUUUCCGCAAAACGGAGCAAAGAUCCCUGCACCCAGGUCGGCGCGUGUAUUGUUAAUAAUGAUAAACGAAUUGUCGGCAUUGGGUAUAACGGAAUGCCCAUGGGAUGUGAUGAUGAUGAGUUUCCAUGGGGAAAGAGCUCUCGCAACGGUUUAGAUACAAAAUAUCUUUACGUAUGUCAUGCAGAAAUUAAUGCAGUUCUAAAUAAGAAUUCAAGCAAUGUUAAAGACUGUACAAUGUAUGUUGCUUUGUUUCCAUGCAACGAAUGUGCGAAAGUAAUAAUACAAUCUGGCAUAAAAACAGUAAUAUACAUGUCGGAUAAAAAUGCUCAUAAAGUUGAAGCAAUAGCUGCAAAGAAAAUGUUUGACGCUGCUGAUAUAAAGUAUAGGCAAUAUAUCCCCAAAAAUCAGAAAAUAGAAAUUAAUUUCAGUGAUAUUAAUUGGAAUGAGAUGAGUCAAUUACCACAAACUCCAACAAAACCAGAAGAUUAAAAAAGGAAGAUUAAAAUUAUCAUAUCAAUCAUUAUUGUAUCAUGUGUAUAUGAACUAAUAUGAAUACUAAUUGUAUCUUAUUUUUGUAUGUUUUAUUCUUUUACAGAAUAUAUUUUACCUAAAUAAA